AUGAUCGCGAGUUUGAUGGAGACGUUUAUGCUGCUGUGUGUAGCUGCCCGCGAAGGGUUCGCAGGGCUGGAGAUGGGGAUGCAGAUAGAGAGGAUAGGGGUGUUGGCACGGCAGGCGGGGAGUGAGAAUUUGCAGACAUUCACAGGCACCCUCGGCGGGGCCGCGGACCCCAUCACGCGCACGGGGGAUACGCGGGAGCCAUUCGCAGUCGACGGGUCGACGUUCACGGAUCUGAGCGAUGCCGUGACGCGCAGUUGUAAUAAUCAGCAUAAUACGUGUGCGCGGCUCGCGAACUCGAAGACGUCGGCGGAGGGAGGAGGAGGAGGGACGACGGUCGCUGAGUGUGAUGCGCAGCAGAGUUCUUGUAUUGCGGCGGGAGGCACGAGUAUAGCGUCGGGAGCGAACGCGAAUUCGACUUCGAGUGAGCCUGCGAGUGCGAGUGGAGGGACGAGUACGACGCCGAGCGAAGUGGUCGUUACGAGCACGAGUACGGAAACGAGCGGUUCGGUCGUGGUGGUGACGGUAGGGACGACGGCGACAGGUUCGGCGGUGCUGGGCACGGCGACGGCGACGUUGGAGGGGUCGGAUGAGAAUUUCUUUUUCUUUUGUGAUGCGUGAUUUGUGUCUUCAGAGGGAAGUGUGUGUGUUUGGUGUUUGGUGGUUGUGUAUGGGAGGCUGGGAAAAUCGUGAGAUAGGUAAGCAUAAUGGGCUGAUUGUGGUAAGUUGGAUGAACAAGACAAUGGCUGUUGUAUGUAUGAUGCCAGGCUUGUGCGGUAAUCUGAGAUUUCCUCAUAAAGCACUCGUCAAUUAGGGGGUUGUCAAAAGUUCUUGGAGGGUGAAGGACUUCGAGAGGGACGAAAGU